UUCCCGUCAUAAAAUGGCAUACGAGUUCGAUUUGGAAGAUUUUAACGAUAAUCUUGAGCCAUUUGGCUUUAAUUGUCCCGCAAAAGAUCAUUUUAUUGAAAAAUUAGAAGGACUAUGCAAAACGUUCCGGAAGAGCGGUGAGGAUAUUGUCGAUGAUGUCGUUUCGGUGAUGAGCAAUCUUGGGCAAAAGUCCGUUGACUCUGGAAUUUUGGCGAAAUUAGAGGAGAAUCUGGAGGCUCAGGCCCAGAAAACUGUGCACACGCCGAGAUCUGUGAAAAAACCGGCACGCGGCCGUGUUCCGCUCGCAGAAAAAAGUGGAUUCAUCCUAAGUGGCGACCCCGAUGACAUUGAAAAACCGUCACAUCACCUCACAAAUUCAGCGAUUGCAAAGCUUGAAGGACAUUUUCUCGACUUUUCACCAUUUCCCGGUUCCCCGGCUAAUGAGAAAUUCCUGAAAAGAGCCGAUCCAUCACAUGUUGUCACAACUAUUCGAGGGAAGAAGUAUCAGGAUAAAGGAUUGAAAGGAUCGACAAAAAGCGAUGAUACUAUAAGAAUUAUCUCGAAAACGCCGAGUACAUUGUAUGGUGGAGAUAAAUCUUCUAUGGUUAUUGAAGCAAAAGCACAACGAAUGGCAGAUAUCGCUCACCGUAUCCAAAAAUCAUUCGAAGAAAUUGUCGAUUGGGGAAAUCCAUCGAUACCGUCAGUUGAUGUUGUAUAUACAUAUGGACAAGUGAUUCAUGAUGAGACAAAGGAUAAUGAGAAAUUUGGAGAGCAUUCUGUUGCUCUUAUGAUUAACGACGAAGACGGCACAAUGAUCCGAAUGGAUUUUAGUAAAAUGACAGAAGAUAUAACUCUCUUCCCCGGACAAAUUAUCGCUGUUCGUGGGACCAAUGAGACUGGCGAGGAGCUUCAAGUUGACAAGAUCUUCCAGCCAGCGGCACUUCCAGUGAAUCCCGUUGAAACUGACACUACGAAAGAAAUCUGGUUUGCGUGUGGUCCGUACACUGCGACGGACAAUUGUGGGUAUGAGCAUCUCUGUGAGCUUUUGGACAAAGUCGUUGCCGAGAAGCCCGAUAUUUUGAUGCUGGCUGGGCCAUUUGUGGAUAAGAAGAACACGUUUUUGAAUAAGCCCACUUUUAAUAUUACCUAUGACAAUUUGUUGGAGGAUUUGCUCUUGAAAGUUAAGGAGACGCUUGUCGGCACAAAAACGCAAGUGAUCAUUCAACCGAACGCAUCCCGUGAUCUUUGUGUUCCUCCGGUCUUCCCAAGUGCUCCGUUCCAACAGAACCGAAAACUCGAUAAAAUCAAGAAAGAGCUGAUCUUCGUCGCCGAUCCAUGCAUUUUCCGAAUCAGCGGUGUCGAGGUGGCAAUGACUAGCAGUGAGCCUAUUCAAGCGUUGAGCAAUACGGAAUUCCAUCGAUCCGCAAAUCAGGAGAACAUUGAUCGUGUCGCCCGUCUCAGCAGUCAUCUUCUCACUCAGCAGUGCAUGUAUCCAUUGGAGCCAACGGAAGUUCCAGCGUCCAUGGGAGAUUUGCUCGAUGUCUGCUGUAUCGGCUCGACUCCUCAUAUCGUUUUUGCACCGACAAAGCUUGCGCCAUCAGCAAAAUGUGUGAAUGGAAGUGUGUUCAUUAACUCAUCUACACUCGCCAAAGGGCCAACAGGAAACUAUGCAAAAAUGUCGAUUAACCUGAAUGCCGGAGAACUCAUGCCCGGGGAGACGGUCGCCGAUUAUGCUCAGAUUCAAAUUUUGAAAAUUUAACUUUUUUUUUCUUCCAUUUCAUUUCAUUUAUUCAUUCAAUUUUCCUAUUUCUUCUCACUUACUUAUUUUCACAUUAUUUCCUUUCAGUUUUUUUUCCUCUGCACAAACAAUUUUGCUUAUAUUUAUGAAUAACGUUUAUCAUC